CUGGGUUGUAAAUAACUAAAACCAAGAGAAUAUAGAGAUGUUCCUUAGACAAUCGAGACGUCUUCUCCAUACAGUUCCACGUCUUCCAGUAUCACAGCUGCCUGGGCUUUACUCUCCGCUUGGGUUCCAAACUGCCUGGACGGACUACCAGCAGUUCUUAACCACGAGAUUGACGGAGCUCACUGCUGGUACCGCUGACGAGACUCGUUUCCCGUUCUACAUUGCACAGGUGACCUCAAAGGACCAGACGAAGCAGAAGGUGUUCAACGUUGCCUCUCAGGCCCAUAACAACCAUUUUUUCUUCCAGCAGCUGACCAGUCCUGAGAACAACCACACGAGGCCAUCUAGACAGUUGGAACAGAGAAUCAACGAGCAAUUUGGUUCUUUAGAGGGCCUUGGAAAGGUUUUUGUUGAUGCCUCUGAUGCUGUUGUUGGUCAGGGAUGGUUGUUCCUUGCUGAAAGAGCCGAUAAGCAGUUGGAAGUUCUUGCCUUGAACAACAGUGGUUCUCCAUACCAAUUCAACGCUAACCAAGGCAUUGAUUUAAACGGGCCAGUUGGUAAAGAUGAUUUCCAACUGUUGGAAUCCAUCAAGCAGGAUCUCAAGGAGGGGAUCCAGGACUUUACAUUCCCACUAAUUGGCAUUAGUUUAUGGGAUCAGUCAUACCUCAUCGAUUACGGUCUUAACGGCAAGAAGGAGUACAUCAAGAAGGUGUUUGACUCUUUGAACUGGGAUGUUAUUAACAGCAGAGUCUUCAAGUUGUAAAUAGAGUGCUCCCUACAACUGCUAAAAAGAUAUUUCAUGUACAUAUACAAUUACAAUUGGGUUAUGGAACCACACAGCUCCACUACAUCUAGUAGAUCUUUAUCGUUAUACCAGUCCAAUCCUUCUUCGAAGAUUAC